AGGCAUUUGAAAACAGCGGAUUGUUAUUACAAAGAGAAACUAAUUAAAGGAUGGAUGAUGACGUUCGAUAUAUCUCCACCACCACAAUCCUACCGGAAACUAACAAUCAUAAAGAUGGUGAUCAGAAAAUUCAUUUAGGUCCCUGGGAUCUAAAAUCCCUACUACUCCCAUAUAUGCAAAGAGGUCUGCUUUUUGUUGGCGCAAUGCGGAAAUGUGAUGGGUUUAUGGAAAUGAAUUUAGGAAGAGAGGUUGUCUUAGUAGAUGAUUAUUUGGGCCUUACUAUUGGGUUUUCACAAAUUAUGUUUUUAACACUUUUUGCUCAUCCAACACAAAACAAACAAGAAGAAACAGAAUAUAUGAUCAUUACUCAGCUUAAAAGGUCUUUAGCCUCUACACUCGACCACUUUUACCCUCUUGCAGGUCGACUUGCUGUCAAAGUACAUGAUGAUGAUGAUGAUGAAACCGUCUCUUUCUAUAUAGACUGCAAUUCAGCUGGUGCAGAAUUCAUCCAUGCCUCAGCAAAUAUAACGGUAGCUGAUAUCACCGAUUCGAUCCACGUACCCGCCAUUUUGAAAAACUCAUUCUUCACCCUCAAUGAUGCUGUGAACUUCGAUGGUCGAUCCAAACCGUUGCUUUCAGUACAGGUAACGGAACUUCUCGAUGGUUUGUUUAUUGGAUGCAGUAUAAAUCAUACUGUUUGUGAUGGAAAAUCGUUUUGGCAUUUCUUUAACUCGUGGUGUGAGAUCUCCAGAGAAGGCUCAUCAUCGGAAGAUCAUCACAUCCCACGUCCCCCUAUUUUUGAUCGUUUGUGUCUGAUGAAUGAUAUCGAAAACGAUCUACCCAUUCGAUUCCCUUUAUCUACAGUUCACUCUUGGGAAGGAUAUAAGUAUGAUCCACCUCCCCUUUUUGAAAGAGUAUUCAUCUUCACUCGAGAAAACAUUGCAAUACUAAAAGAAAAGGCAAACUCAAAGACCGCCGAAGGUGAUGGUAACGCAAAGGUUACAAUCUCCUCUUUACAAGCGGUUUUGGCUCACGUAUGGGUUGCGGUAAUACGAGCAAGGUGUUUAGAUCCGAAUGAAGAGACUAGGUAUCGCUUAGCGAUAGGAACUACUGGCAGGUUAGAUCCACCUACACCUGAAUCCUUCUUUGGAAACUCGGCUGUGUCUGGAGAUGCAACUGUUAAGGUGCAUUGAACUACUUAAGUUGGUGGGUUUGAGUUGGGAGCUUUACUAUUGAACAAGUUGGUCACAUCGUUUGACGGUGCAGCAAUUCGAAGACAUUGGAAGGGAUGGGUUGAGAAACCUACAGUGAAAAAGAUGUCAAACUUAUCGGCAUCGCAGUAUACAUUGGUAACCGGGGGUUCUCCAAGAUUUGAUAUGUACGGGAACAAUUUCGGUUGGGGUACACCCAUUGCGGUGAGAAGUGGUAUUGUUAACAAACGUGAUGGGAAGAUUACAUCAACUCCUCGACCUAUUCCUGGUAGUAUUGGCAUUGAAGCUUGCCUUUCUGCUAAGACAUUGAAGGCUCUAGAGAACGAUGCCGAAUUCAUGGCAGCUGUUGCAACUUUGUGAUCAACUGUUUGGCAUUACCACAUCUUUUUAUUUAUUUUUUUUCUUUCUUCUUUUAUGGUACUGGUUUUGUGCU